UCGAUGACAUAUGAGCUUAUUUAGCACGUGUAUGCGUUUGUUCUGAAUGUUUCAGGUAGCCGCCAUAGCCUUUGCAUUUGCAAUACUGCUGAGGAAUCCGUACAUAAAACAACAAAAGUUAGAUCUUUCAGUUUUACAAACAGAAGCAGAAAAACGUGCCAAGAAUUCUGAAGAUUUAAAUAUUGAACUACCACCCCCUGUAUCUGAUGACGAAUUACGAAGAGCACGACGUCGCAAUGAACAGGAAUCUAAAGCCUACGGUGUAUUUGUAGAGAUUAUUAUUUACACACUGUUCAUCCUAUCGUUAUUUACAAUCGGUUAUGGUAACAGAGAUACAUUAUCUUACCAAUUUAAACAUCACAUGGAAACAAGACUCUUUACAAAUCGUUUUGAUAAAAUCAUCAACAGAACCCAUUUCAUGGCGUGGACUAAAUAUAAUCUACUUCCCGAAGCGUUUGCUACUUAUAAUUUUAAUGGUGGUUUGCUAAACUGGAGGGAAAAACUUUUCUUUUCUGACAUGGCAAACUUUCGAGUUGGUCCCUUGAGAAUUCGACAGAUCCGAACUAAGGAAAGGCCUGCGCCAGAUUUAGGAUUACUUUUUGGGAAAAAAUUUGGAGGUCUUUUAGGCAAUCGUUCUUACUACUGGUCCUAUACUGGGGAUCACGAAGAUACAAAUGAUUAUUGUAUAGGAUGGAAAACACCCCCAUGUAGCAUAGAGGAUAAGGCUACCAGCAUUACUGUACCUGCCUGGGAAUAUACAUCUUCGGGCGAGGCUUGGGGAUUACCAGUUACCGGUAACAUUGAUAUAUAUGGUGGUGGAGGGUACUUUUUUGAUAUGGAUAUCAAUUAUGAUGCCUCGGUUAACAUGUUUAAUCAGCUAUAUGAUAAUCUGUGGCUCGAUCGUCAGACUCGGGCAGUUUUUGUCGAGUUCUCGUUGUACAAUGCUGACUCAAACCUCCUGAUCGUGGUGCGUAUUAUAGCAGAGUUCCCCGAAUACGGAGGAACUGUGAAAUGGCAUCAUAUAAAUACUCUUAGAAUAUUCCAACAUGUCACAGCCAUGGGAUUAUUUGUCAUCGCGUGUGAAAUUGUUGUGUUUAUAAUUAUGAUCAUUCUAACCGGCAUGGCUGUCAAAGGGAUAAAGAAAGAUAAAUGGAAUUACUUCAAAGAUUUUUGGCACAUUAUUGAUGUCCUGAGUAUAAUCAUCGCUAUAUUUGGCUUCACUAUCUUUGUUCUAAAGGAAGUAUAUCUUAGUAGAACCUUGUCCAAAUUUAAAGAAAAUCCGAAAAAGUUUGUUAAUUUCGAGCACGUUGUCUGGUUUGAUUUUGCGUUCGUCGUUGCUGUUGCAUUUCUGCUAUUUCUAACCACGCUUGGCAUGCUGCGUGUUUUGGGAUAUAAUAAAAGAAUAACAAUCAUUGCAUCUGUUCUCAAACGUGCAGCAAGAGAUCUGUCAGGAUUUGGAACUCUAUUUGGGAUCAUAUUCCUGGGAUUCGUAUCUACAGGAUAUGUUCUCUUUUACAGCCAUAUUAAUGAAUUCAGAACAUUAUUUGAUGUCAUCACAACACUGAUAACGUAUACUCUUGGUAAAAAUCAUUUGGCGGAAAUGCUUAUGGUUUCCCCAUCAAUAGCACCUAUUUAUUUUGCACUUUUUGUAUUUUUUGUCACUUUUGUUUUGUUAACAAUGUUUCAAGCUAUUCUUAAUAUAGGCCUUGUAACUGUUCGAGAGAGUUUAAAAUCUGACGAACAACCGUUUGGAAUAGUGGAUAUUCUUUUGGGUAUCUACAGAAGUGUGCUUACAGACUGGUUUCCAGACAGCUGGUCAAAAUCAAAUGACAAAGAAAACGAUGACGAAAGUAGGAACGUUCAAAGUAAAAACGACGAAGAAAGUGGCAAAACCAAAAGUAAAAACGACGAAGAAAGUAGGAGAACCCAAAGUAAAAACAUGGGUUCUGUGGAUUACAACGCCGAGAAACGCAUGUUCUUUAUUGAUUAAACUACAUAAUACAUAUUAUUCUAAGAAUCCCAAAGUGUAUGUUAGCAGCUAGAUUUCCCUAAAUGCGACAAUCCGCUAUAAAAGAGUGGUGUAGCCUACAAGGUGCUUUAGUAACUAUAACGCAGAUUUGUCUUUUUUCUUUUUGUUUACCAAAAAGGGCCUUAUAUUUAUAUUACUUCGCGAGCCGGUACUAGAUUUACGAAUACGUUUUAUAAAUAAAUAUGAAGGUCUCUUAGGUAAUCCUCCCUGUUUUUACUAUGACAGUAGACCUAUUGGCACAACACAUAAAUAAGUCAUUGUCCCGGACUCUGCAGACCUCCCGCUGGACCUUCUCAGAAAAUGUAGGUGUAUUGUUUCUUUGUCUUUAUUAUCGAACAUCAGUCAAAUAGUAGUUGUAAAAGUAGGCCUAUGUUAUUUUUUUUUCUUGUGGACAGUAUUCAUAACUGAAAAGCUGUGAAUAUACUAAUAAUACUAUACUAUACAUAUAUAUAUAAUACCAAACAAGAAUUUGAUCGGAAUCUUAGUUUGUAGAUUAUGACAGAUUCGUUAAUAAUACCAAUUAUAAUGCAGUAGGCCUAUUUUGACCAAUUUAGCUACUUGGUUUCAGUACAAAUUCAUUUGUUAUGUGAUGUUUCUCCGACUAUAAUAUUUACAUAAAAUGUGGUAUUGAUAUAUUUGUAGAAUAAAUAAU